AUGGAGAACUUGAAGAAACACCUGCUGAUGAACUCUGGGAGUCGACCUCUGGGAGCUGGUGAAUCACAGUCGGCAUUCUUCGUUGAGGAUGACGAGAGCGUGUUUGCUGGACAGGUACAAAGUAGUUAUGAGGGAGUAGUUGAGUACCUGGAUGCAUGGAAAAAGUUUGAUGGGGCAGGUACCCAUCUUCUUGACUCCCUCCAAAGUGUUACCAAGGAUACUCGGUGUGAGAGACUGGGACGUGAGACAUGUGGGGCAUUUCAGUCAGUUUACAGCAGUAGUAAUGGCAUUGACCCCAGCGGAAAACUCAGGGAAAUGGAAAAACUCAUGUCGGGUCUGAAGUCAAGACUUGACAAAGGUGAAAAACUAGAGAAAACCCCUACUAACUCUCAGGUGCUGUGUCAAUGUCUGUUGUUGUUUCUCAAAGUCCACUCUGAUUAUCACCACAUGUGUUCUGUUACCUUGACAACAUUGCUCAACAAACUAGUCCAAAUCUAUGACAGUACGGAGAAUAAAGACAUGCUUCAGCAAAUGGCUGCCUUAGAUCUCAUUCCCAAAGUCACCAAAGAUUCCCCUUCACACAGUGGUGUUCCUCCACCAAAGAAAAAUAGUCCCAGUAAUGGAUCUCCAAAACUUAACAAAAAUAACACUUUGAAGACUUCUUUGUUUUCCUUGUUUGAGCGGAAAUCAUCGCCUGAUGAAAGCAAGUGUGCCUUUUAUGUAGAUCUUAACCAGACUGGUGCUAAUAGCCAAUUAGAUCCCUUUGCUAGUGGUCAUGUGUUACCACAAAGCCAAUCAGAAAUCUUGGUGCCGAUAGGGUUGGAUCCAGUCCAUGAAGAUGCAGGGGAGGAGGAAAACUUGAUGCAGAUAGUGGAUGACGAUGUUAUAAGAGAAAAUGUACAGACUAAGUCUGCAGGCCAGACUGUCAGUGUCCAGCUCCCUGGUCCAGUAAACAGUAGCCAUCCUGCCACAGAGGAAGACCUUGACCUUGUCAUUAACCUUCUCUCAGGGAUUGGUGGGUCAUCUGGUCAUAUGGAGCCCAUCCCAGAAAAUCACACUCACCUCAGUGUACCCAUGGUCUUCAGCAGUCGAACUCCAUCACCCAGGGACAUGGAGGAUCUGAGGUUUUCUAAGGUGCCGACACACAGGCGGUCAGAUGGAUGUCUUGACUUUACUGGGAUGGGCAGCCAGGGCCGUAAUACUUGGCCACAUCGUUCUAGUCUUCCUACGAGUUCACUAUCCUCCCAUCAGCAUGGUUUCCCAGACCUAUCUGGUUCAAAUUCUGUGCCGCGACGAUACUCCCACGACAUGUGUCACCGCCCGUCUCAGGGUUACAGCCCAAUGGGAUCAGGACAGAACCUUUCUGGGAGUCUACAGUGGGGAGCCUUUCCAGACACUCGGUAUAACAAUCGGACAUGGCCACUGAAUAAUACUGGCCUCUCAGUUCAUGGGUCUGACAACACUCUUAACAGCAGCUGGUCUGCUAUACAAGACUCAGAUGAUCUCAGCGAUGAUUCAUCGUGUGGGGAACAGUUUUUUGCAGUUGGACUUGACCUUGUGCAUGCCAUUGAUUCAAAGAAUGGAUGCAGCGAUGACGAGGGUCAGAAGACAGGUAUGAAAUCACCAAACCAUGACCGCCCGCCUCUGUGUGACGAACGCCCACAUAGUGCUGAGGAUGUCCUGCAUGAAAAACAGAUUCAUGGUCUGUGGCCAGCCAAUCCGAACUGGAACCAGCCUGGACAAGUUGUAACCAAUGAGGAGGCUACUGAAGGGUCAUAUGACCAGCCUGUCAACCAAUCACAUCGCCCUGUGUCUAUGCAGUGGAGUGACCCUCUGGCUAACAGAAGUGUGUGGCCAGUUUCUGGUGUUGGCAACUCACACAGCCUGCAGGGGUUUGGUCAACAACAAUGA